CCCAAGAUGACGACGGUACGAGCCUUCACGUGUGACGAUCUGUUUAAAUUCAACAACAUAAACCUGGACCCUCUGACGGAGACCGUAUCCUACCCUGCACAGCGCCGCUGCUCUGUCCCCCUCCCCGGCAGGUUUCCUGAACCCAUCUCCCAGUAUGGAAUCCCGUUUUAUCUCCAGUACCUUGCCCACUGGCCCGAGUACUUCAUCGUUGCAGAGGCUCCCGGCGGAGAGCUGAUGGGAUAUAUCAUGGGCAAGGCGGAGGGAUCAGUGGCGCGAGAAGAGUGGCAUGGCCACGUCACAGCGCUCUCCGUGGCGCCGGAGUUCAGGAGGCUGGGCCUUGCUGCCAAGCUCAUGGAGAUGCUGGAGGAGAUCUCGGAGAGGAAAGGUGGGUUUUUCGUGGAUCUCUUCGUGCGAGUCUCCAACCAGGUGGCGGUGAACAUGUACAAACAGCUCGGCUAUAGCGUCUACAGGACCGUGAUCGAGUACUACUCCGCCAGCAAUGGAGAACCGGAUGAGGACGCAUAUGACAUGAGGAAGGCUCUGUCCAGAGACACAGAGAAGAAGUCCAUCAUCCCAUUGCCGCAUCCUGUCCGGCCCGAAGACAUCGAAUAACGAUAGACUGUGGCUCUCUGACACCUCCACCACGCAUCAGCACAUGUGACAUACUGUAAUUACAAGACCUGUCUGAGGGGGAGGUAUGGUUCUAUUGUAAAUAGUUUACCUGAUGAGGUUUGAUAUCCCAGUAAAGCCUUUCACUUUUCAAUGCUUUAUUAGUCGGGGAGCCACUGGUUAAGAAGUAAAAUCUGAAUUUUGUUUAUUUCCCGGGUCAGUUUCUUUUCUUGUGAACUCUGACUCAGUGUUUGCUUUAGUAAAGAAUAAAA